GUGUAUGAGCGUAUGAGGAAAGACUUUAAAGAUCGUCAGAUUGAAGUUGUUAUUUCAUAUGGUCACUUCCUUCGGAUAUGGCACUCUGCACUGCCGGAGUUUGUGGUUGGAAAAGUAAGCACUUUCACCAAGUGCAGUAUCUGUACAUCUCUAAAGGAAGAGAGACGGAUGGCCACAACAAACACUGAACGGACGGCUGUCCAGGAAUUGCAAGAUAUGCAUAUCAAGCAUGUCCAGUUGUCCCGCCGUCACUACCACGACAGUAGGGAGCGUGCCAGAUUAAAUCCACAUCUUGAAAACACCAUCAUAAUCGACGGGAUGGACCAAUCCAAAACAAACCUUCCUAGCUUGUUGGUUGAAGACAAGAGCACAAAGCCAAAAGCUCGUCUGCGGACACAUCUUACAGGAGUCCUUUUGCACACAAAUAGUCCAGGAGGUAUGGAGUCCUUUGUGUUUGUGGACAUACUCAAUGUGCCACACGAUAGCAAUCUCAACUUGAACGUAUUGGUGCAGGUUUUACUUCUAGAGGAUAGUCAUGGAAAGCGAGGACAAAAGCUGAAUGUACAGAUGGAUAACUGCUUCCGUGAAAAUAAAAACAGAUACAUUCUUGCAUUCGGACUCCUCUUGGUUGAGUUUGGAAUAUACAGUUCGGUUGAGUUCAACUUCUUACCAGUGGGUCACACUCACGAAGAUGUGGAUCAACUAUUUAGCCGAAUUGCAGAGAAACUACGCCAUAAUGAUGUCUACACUUUAGAAGAACUUCACGAAGUGGUUGAGAAUUCCUACACACCCCGAGUCCUUGUGAGACAACUCUUUGGAUCAGAUUUAUGGGACAUCAAGUCUUGGUUGCUGCCUCAUCUUAAGCCCAUAGGAAACCACUCCAAGCCUCAUCAUUUUCUGUUCAAAAAGGUGAAUGGAGCUGCCAGGAUGUACUAUCGCAUGUGGUGUUGCGAUCCUUGGAGACCGAACAAUGUUGAGGGUCCUGAUGCCGAAAUCGACAUACCCGAUGAGGAGCAGUGUGAAGGACUUAGUCUGUUCAAGAGUAUUCCUGAAGUCACUACUAUACCAACAAGAGUCAUCCCAAGCCUGGAAAAAAAUCGACCCUAACCUGGAAAAUGAUCUGAAGGCAUUUGGGAGAAGAAUGCCACAGGAUGCUCAUGAGUGGUGGCACAGGUUCUUCACACAAAUUGACAAAUUC